CACUAUAGCAGCAGAAUAAGCAGCACUGCGCAGCGGCCUGUGUGCUGCAGCAGCGCCGCCAGAUCAGCCAUGAACCCGCAGGAGCAGACCGUCACCUGGCUCAUCUCCUUGGGAGUGCUUAAUUCCCCCAAAAAGAACAUCUCCGACCCCGAGGCUUUUCUGAAAACCGCUCUGAGAGAUGGGGUCGUCCUGUGCAAGCUUAUGGAGCGCCUGGUACCGGGAUCUAUCGGAAAGUAUUGCCCGGAUCCCAAAUGUGAAACCGACUGCAUUGGCAACAUUCGGGAGUUUUUAAAAGGAUGCACGUCUUUAAAGGUUGAGGGCUUUGAACCAGAAAGCUUAUACACCGGGGAGAAUUUUAGCAAGGUUCUCUCUACACUGUCAGCAAUAAACAUCGCCACACAAGAUAAACCUGAGAGAUCAUGUCCACAGACCAGCACUUCUGCUCCUAACCUGUCAACCUCCACGUCGUCCUCCUUCAAGUCCAACAAAUCCUUACGGAGACAAUCAAAAGCAGUGGAAAUGUCAGAAAAUGGGGGUCAGCUGGUUGUCAAGGCUCGUUUUAACUUCAAGCAGAACAACGAGGACGAGCUGUCAUUCAACAAAGGCGAGCUGAUUCACGUUACCCGCCAGGAGGAGGGCGGGUGGUGGGAGGGAAUGCUCAACGGCAAGACGGGAUGGUUCCCCAGCAAUUACGUCAGAGAGAUCAAGCCAUGCGACAAACCAAUCUCUCCUAAAGCUGUGAAAGGUUUUGACGUCCCACAGUUGACCAAAAACUACUACAACGUGGUGGUACAAGACAUCCUGGAGCAUGAGCGCGAGUUUGUGAAGGAGCUGCAGACUUUACUCACCUGCUACCUGCGACCUCUACAGGCCACUGAUAAAUUGUCGAAUGCAGAUAGCAGCAGCUUAUGUGGAAACUUGGAGGAAAUUCUCACUUUCCAGCAGGGACUCUGUGUGGCUUUGGAGGAAUGCAACAAGAUGCCAGAGAGUCAGCAGCGUAUUGGUGGCUGUUUUUUGAGCCUGAUGUGCCAGAUCCGUACACUGUACCUGUCCUACUGCUCCAGUCACCCUUCCGCAGUGGCCGUGCUCACUGAACACAGUGAGGAGCUGGAUAAAUUCAUGGAGGGCCAGGGUGCCAAUGCCCCCGGCAUCCUGACUCUGACCACCAGCCUGAGCAAGCCCUUCAUGAGGUUGGAGAAAUAUCCCACCCUCCUGCAGGAGCUCGAGAGGCACGUUGAGGAAGCUCACCCAGACUACAGCGACAUCCUAAAAGCAACAGUUGCUUUUAAAUAUCUGGUGACGCAGUGCCAGGAGCUGCGUAAGAGAAAGGACCUGGAGGUGCAGAUCCUGUCAGAGCCGGUGCGUGGAUGGGAGGGAGACAGCAUUAAGUCUCUUGGGCAGGUGUCCUACAUGUCCCAGGUCCACGUUCAAAACAGCUCUAGUGAGGACAAAGACGAGCGUUACUUAAUGCUGUUUUCCAACAUGCUAAUUAUCUUAUCUGCCAGCCCACGAAUGAGUGGCUUCAUUUAUCAGGGUCGACUGCCUCUCUCAGGAACCACAGUGACCAAAGUGUUAGAUGAUCCAGAGACGGGUCAAUAUGCCUUUGAGAUUGGAGGAGGAGGGAUGGACCGUACCACAGUCUACUGCAGUAGCUCUCAGGAGUUACAGGAGUGGCUGGAGCACCUCCAUGCUUUCAUCAAAGGUGGCAGCCCAGUUGGAACCAUCAUUAAGAAUGUAGAAGGCAAACCCAUUAGCAUUAUGGGCCCUUCCUCCCACAGUCACGUGCCAGGCUUUGGAACACCCACAGGUGUGCGAUGCUCCCUGGAGCCACCAAAGAUAACCAAACCAUGGUCCCUGAGCUGCCUGCGACCUGCUCCACCGCUUAAACCGUCGGCCGCCCUGGGUUACAAAGAGAGGAUGUCUUAUAUCCUGAAGGAUUCCAGCAAAAGCCCAAAACCCAUCAAGAAGUUCCUAAACAAGAGAAAGACUGAGAGGAAACCAUCCGAGGACGAAUAUUUGCUCAGAAAAAGUACUGCUGCAUUGGAAGAAGAUGCCCAGAUUUUAAAAGUGAUUGAGGCCUAUUGUACUGGAGUCAGCAUGCACCAAACCACAACAGCUGUGCGGAAGGAAGGUGUACCUCAGGUCCUGCUACCAGAGGAGGAAAAGAUCAUUGUAGAAGAGACCAAGAGCAACGGACAAACCAUCAUUGAGGAAAAAAGCCUGGUGGAUGCUGUAUAUGCACUGAAAGACGAAGUUCACGAGUUGAAAAAGGAGAGUAAGUUAAUGAAGCAGUGUCUGGAGGAGGAGCAUACAUCCCGCAAAGAGCUGGAGCGUUUGGUCAGAAAGCUGGCCAAGCAGAAGAAUGACUGUACAUGGGAGGACACAGGCCAUUAAAGUCACACUGUAAAAGUUCACUGCUUCCACAGGUGUGUGUGUGUGGGUGGAUGAGUUGUUAGUUUUAAGUGCGUGCUGAACUUUGUUUUCAGUAAUCCUCCCUACUUUGUUCAGCUUUUAAGAAAAAAAACCUUUCUUUGAGGAUUUCUUGCUAUGAGAUCAUCGACCGCUUUCAGUUCUGGGUUUCUUUCGGCUCUGAGUAGACCAUGCAGUGCUCGACGAGCUCCUGUGAUGUGGGCAGCAUUGCAAGCUUGCAAGGAAAUGGCUUGGAAAAGCUUGCAGCAGAACUACUACACGAUACAGAAGCAAAGAGUUUCUGGUGGAAGUUGUGAAAGUUUGCGGCUGCUGUUUGGAUCAUGUCAUGUGACCAGACUCUUCAUUAUUCUUGCUGGAUCUAUCCACACUCUGAUGUCCAAUGUGCACUAUGAAGUGGAUGAAUUAUUGAAUUUGACCCUACUUUUAAGUGAAGAGUUUUCAUGUUGCUGUUCACCUGAAUGACAUUGAAAACUGUAAAAAAAAAAAAAAAAAAUCUGAAGACUUUAAGAAUCUGUCGAAUCUGUCAGAUUCUACCCUUGAUCAACAGCUGGAGCAAUUUUUGUACAUGCCAUAAAACCACACGUGUGCACUCUGGUGAAUAUAUAAUAUAACGAGCGUAUUAGUAAGCACAAAACCUGAUGGAUUUCUUAUUGGAAACUAUGUUGGUCAUACAUUUUUAAUUAAUGUGGACUUAUUUCUACAGCCUUCAUUUCUGUUACUGUAUGUUUAUAAAAUAAAGAAGAGGAUUUCGGUUCAAGCAUUUGUACUUGAUAG